UGUGGUUUUGGAAACCCUAGCUACGUUAGAUCGCGCGAGAGAGACGAAGAAGAAGAAGAGGAGAUGAAGCCGGUGGUGGGGAUGGUGGUGUCGAACAAGAUGCAGAAGUCCGUCGUGGUCGCCGUCGACCGCCUCUUCCACCACAAGCUCUACAAUCGCUACGUGAAGCGCACCAGCAAGUUCAUGGCCCACGACGAGAACAACGAGUGCAGCAUCGGUGAUCGGGUUAGGCUGGAUCCUUCAAGACCAUUGAGCAAACGAAAGCACUGGGUUGUUGCAGAGAUCCUCCGAAAAGCCAGAGUUUAUGUCCCACCAUCAUCGAUACCUGCAAGUCCAAGUGAUUCUACUGGAGGUCCCAAACCAGCUGCGACAAGUCCCUCUUCCUGAGCUAGCUCCAGGUAAAAUGCUCCAAUUCGUUGAACAUCAUCAUCCUUUGUCUGUAUUGCUGCUAUCUAUACUUUUUGGCCUCCGAGAAAUUAAUGAUAAUGCACCAUUAUUCUUGGAA